ACUGUACCGGGCGCCCUGGGGAGUGCUCGCAGCAGGGAAGAAGGAGCGAGCCGGGAGGAGCGGAGGAACGGAGCGGAAGGAGGACCCGGAGACUGAGAUGAGAGGGGGCAACGGGAAACCAGCCGCAGCAAAGCAGAACUCGCCCCAAACGCGCGCCCGCCUUGAGCUCUCCAUUUCUUUGGACCUGGGUGGAAUUGUUUUACUUUCCGUCCGGGGACUGCGCUCGAGGCGGGGCGGGGCGACCCAAUGGCCCCCCAAAGGUUAUUCUGCUCCCCUCCCGGCCCCGCCCCGCGAUUGGCCGGCCCGACCCGGGACUGCCGCCGAUUGGUGCUCUCAGGCCGGGGCCGCUGGGCUUAAAGAGGGGGCGGGGGCGCGCUGCUCAGCAGCGCUGCCGUCCCCGCCGUGCGCCCUUCGCCGCGGAACUCGCAGUCUCCCGCGCCCGCCGCAGCCUCCAGUGUCCCGCCUCGGGCCGUCGCCCGCCAGCGGCUCGCGAGCGCGGGAAACGUACCUGGGCAGGCUCCGUCCAGCCCGGGCCCAGGCACAGCCGUGAGCGGCGAGGCGCGGCGACAUCCUGGCGCGAACCAUGGUGGCCACGUGCCUGCAGGUGGUGGGCUUCGUCACGAGCUUCGUGGGCUGGAUCGGCGUCAUCGUGACCACCUCCACCAAUGACUGGGUGGUGACCUGCGGCUACACCAUCCCCACCUGCCGCAAGCUGGAUGAGCUGGGCUCCAAGGGGCUGUGGGCCGACUGCGUCAUGGCCACCGGGCUGUACCACUGCAAGCCCCUGGUGGACAUCCUCAUCCUGCCGGGCUACGUGCAGGCCUGCCGCGCACUGAUGAUCGCUGCCUCGGUCCUGGGUCUGCCAGCCAUUUUGCUGCUGCUGACUGUUCUUCCCUGUAUCCGGAUGGGCCAUGAGCCCGGUGUGGCCAAGUACAGGCGGGCCCAGCUGGCUGGCGUCUUGCUCAUUCUCCUGGCUCUCUGCGCCAUUGUUGCCACCAUCUGGUUCCCUGUGUGUGCCCACCGUGAGACCACCAUCGUGAGCUUUGGCUACUCCCUGUAUGCAGGCUGGAUCGGUGCUGUGCUGUGCCUCGUGGGCGGCUGUGUCAUUGUCUGCUGCGCUGGAGAUGCCCAGUCCUUUGGUGAAAACCCUUUCUACUACUCUUCGGGCUCCAGCUCCCCGACUCAUGCCAAGAGUGCCCAUGUAUAAAAGGGCUGCUUGGCUGCCCACAGAGGUGCUGUGAUGCUGGGCUCAGGGCCCUAGGUUUGCUCGUCGCAGUCGGGGGAAGCCCACUCCUCUGCCAGGCUCUAAAGCCAAAGGUCUAGAAAAGCAUUCUGUCUGGCAUUUUGUAGUCUUCACUUCUCCCCUUUUCCCCAUCUUUUGGUUGCCUUAAAAGAAAUCUCUAGCUCAGAUAAUGCCCAUACAUUUUUCUCAUGGUGUUGCCCACUGUUAGCUCUUUUCUUGGCCAUUCAUUUGCUGUUUAUUAAAAAAUAUAUUAUAUAUAUUUUGUUUCUUUAAAUUUCAAAUGUCUUGCAAACAUCACUGAGUUAGGUGGGGUGGGGAAGAGAAACACAGGACACUUUUCUUUUUUAAACAGGGUCUCACUCUGUUGCUUAGGCUGAAGUGCAGUGGUGUGAUCAUGGCUCACUGUAGCCUCAACCUCCUGGGCUCAAGUGAUCCUCGUGCCUCAGCCUCCUAAGUAGCUGGGACUGCAGGCAUCCACCGCCGCAUUCAGUUAAUUUUUAAGUGCUUUUAUAGAGAGGAGGGCUCCCUAUGUUGCCCAGGUUGGUCUUGAACUCCUGGAUUCAAGGUGUCCUUUGCCUCGGCCUCCCAAAGUAUUGGGAUUGUAGAAGUGAGCCACCGCACCCGGCCAAGACACUUUUCAAACUGAUACAGAUGACAAUGGGAGCCUCAUAAAGAUGCCUUUUGUUUUCUCUGUACUCUCCAGUUCUAAGUUCAUUUACUUGUCAGAGACAGAAAAAGAUAGCACUGGGGACAUGGGAUGGGGGAGGGAGGGGAAUAGUGGAACUUCCUUUCCACAGGAGAGUUUCCCUUUUGUAAGUUGAGGGCCAGGGAUAGGGUAUUUUUUAGUUUGUGAUUUUACAUUUAUCUGUACAUACUUUUUCAAGAUUGAUCAUUUUUAUAACCAUGGUUUUCCUGAAAUCCUCGAUUCAUCAAUAUGAAGGAAAUGAACCACGUAGACUUUUUGCAAUAAAUAACAGUACAAGUGAGUAUAACUUUAACUGAUGUUCCACACCACAUUUUUGAUUUCAGGUUUGUUUGAUGCGGUUUUUAAUCAUACGUCUUCAUGUGCUUCUAACUAACACUUUUUUAAAGCUUUCCCCCACUUUUCUCUCUAUUUGCAUCGUUAGCCAUGUUGUUUAACAUAAAUUGUACUGCUGGAUUUACGGGUGUAAACAUUGAUGGUAUAUCAGCAUCCAAGACCCCAGACUCUCCAAAUACUGAUGGUGCAUUUUAUUCUUUAAGUGAAAUCUGUGCAAUAAAAUAACAGACUGUCUGCAAAA